CACGGUGGCCAUGUGAUGUACACGGAAGUGUAACUCCUCCGCACCGCAGUUGUCAGUACCUUGCAGAGUUGUAGAACCGGUCUACACCGUUAAUGUCUAAGUAGUAUAUUGAAACAGCUGGUUAAUGUAGGUUAGUAGUCAGCUCGUAACUAGUCGUCAUGUUAUUGUUGAGUGUUGUUAGCAGUGUGUGUCUGCUCCUCGCGACACUACAUGCGGUACAAUGUGACGCCGAAUUGAAUACAUCUACAGGUGAGAAUACCGGACAACUCGGGAAGUAUUCGGUGCAGCUCGAGACUAACUCGUCCAACGGCACCGACCUAACCUACGGCUUCGUCUCGUGCGGGGUGGCCGUUCUGUUUUACGGUUCCAACUUUGUCCCGGUGAAGAAGAUACCCACCGGAGACGGGCUGUUCUUCCAGUGGGUGCUGUGUGCAGCAGUCUGGAGCGUCUCUCUGGUGGUCAACAUUAUUCUGGGGUCUCCCACCUUCUGGCCGCUAGCCAUGCUGGGGGGGGCCAUCUGGGCUACAGGUAACAUCACGGUGGUCCCCAUAGUGAAAACCAUCGGUCUGGGUCUGGGCCUCCUCAUCUGGGCCUCUUUCAACCUCCUCAUUGGUUGGGCAAGCUCCAGGUUUGGCUGGUUUGGGAUCGAUGCUGAGGAAGUUUCUAACCCAACACUCAACUACUGUGGAGCAGGAUGCUGUCUGCUCAGUGCUGUGAUCUUCUUCUUUGUGAAGAGUGAUGUUCACAGUCAGUCCUCCAGACCAGAAGAGGAGGAGCCACUACUCAUAGACAGCUGUGUCAAUGCAGAUGGUGGGACGUCGUCUGAUGACUCGUGGGUCGACACACUAAGACCGCGGACCAAAAGACUGGUUGGUUCUCUCCUAGCUGUGGCAGCAGGUUUGUUGUACGGUACCUCUUUUGUUCCAGUUCUCUACAUUAAGAACCACGCAGCACAUCAUGACAGCCGCUUCACCGGGGCAAGCCAGUUUGAUCUGGACUAUGUGUUUGCCCAGUUCAGUGGGAUAUUCCUGACCAGUACGGUCUACUUCCUGAUCUACUGCGCUGCCAUGAAGAACACACCUAGAGUCUACCCUAGAGCAAUACUACCUGGCUUUGUCUCUGGGGUGAUGUGGGUUGCUACCUGCUGCUGGUUUCUGGCCAACACCUACCUGAGUGCUGUGGUCAGUUUAUAA